AUGGCGAGCUGGGUCGCAUUGAAUGUUGAGCCCGACGAUGCAAUCGAGGAGGAGGUCGACGACACCAAGGAGCUCCAGAUCGAGGAGGCCUUGAAGCUCUACCACAGUGCUUUAAAGCUACAUUCGCAAGGACCGACAUUCUAUCCUCAAGCCGCCGAGGCAUACGAGACUCUACUAGAUUCCGAGAUCUUCAAAUACCCAGAGUCCUUAUCCGAUUUUAAAAGAGGAGUGCUGGACGAUGCGCAACCCCAAGACGUCUCCGGAGAAGCCAGCGCAGAGUCUCUGACCGAAUACAAUGUCAGCGACUCCGCUUCCAGUCUAUUCCAAACGCUAUACCUGUCCUAUAAAAACCACGGCAAAUUCGUUCUCGACUCGGUACAAGACUCGAUACAAACCACCCCCGAGACCCCCGAGACCAAGAAAGACACACAGGAGAAAUUGACAGACGCAUCUAGAAAAGCGUUAAUAUCUUUUGGAGAUGCGCUGGAACGGGAUGACUCGGAUCUUAACCUCUGGAGACAGAGUGCAAGGUUGAGUAGCGCUUUGCACAGUUACCGGUUGUCUCGGUACUGUUUGGAAAGUGUGCUGGCAGAUGAUGACAACCGGCUGGAGCUAAGGCCUGAACAGCUGGGCCUAGAAGAGAUAUUUGCCGAACAACGCCUGCGAAGUACGCUGGUGUCACUGUUCGAUAAGUUGUCUGCGUCGCAGAUUCCUGACAAGCGGCCCAAGAAAGCUCUUAUGAAAUACCUGAAGCAACAUGAAGAUCCAUAUCCAAAUCUUCCUACACUGCCUGCUGAGUUACAGCAUAUAGAUUCGUCCAAGGGGCCUCUUGCCCUUCACGCCACUCGCCGGGAAAUCAUUCCCAGUGAACCAACAUGGGGCUCAGUCGGAAACGCGCUCUUGAGGACUCUCGACGAAGAAGAAAAUGCAUCCCUCGCAGAUGUUCCCAGCCAAUCUAUCAGUAUCAUUUUGCCGGUCAGAGCCACUGAAGCCCCACAAACGCCUGAUCCAAAACUGGACACGGAAAUGGCGAUUGAUGGGGCGGAACCGGACAGCAAGGAAGCAUGUGCUCAGCAGCCUGACGCGGAUCCUGCGCAAGCGACCGAGGCCGAGAUAAAACCAGAGCAUGGCACGUUUGAGCCAGGCGAUGAUCAAUCGUCGAUUGACCAGAGUGCUGAAAAGCAGUUGAUGGAAUCACUCGAGCGACACUCCCCACAAUUUCAAGAGCAGCAGGGUGGGCAGGAAGAUACCAACGCAGACGAUGGUGAAACGAACCCUGCCACCGAUGCUCGGAAGCGAUCCUCUGCGUCAGCUGCCAAUGAUGAGCCAGAGGGGGGUCGUAUGAAAAGCAGACGAACACGGGCUCGAGAGUCAAACGCGGACUCUCUGGCCCCGCUUGAAGAAGUAACCUUUGACCAGGAAAGAUACUAUGCGGACCGUCUGGAGGUCUUCAUCAACGCUGAUGAUUGGAUGUUCAGCACGGUGGACUCCUUGUUCUCCAAGGUCGGCGUGGACGCGCUCGGUAGCAUAGAGAAGCUUCGUGAGAAGUGCCCGUCAAGCACCGAGUCUGCGAGCCUACCAGAGGACCCCGAGUCACGGCUGUUCCAGGAUCUUCGGGGUCUCAUCAAAACUUGGGAUGACCAGAAAUCUCGUUUGAUGCAAAAGAAAGAUGACAACUCGCCCCUGAAAGAUAUCCGCGGCACGAGCAAGUCUGGAUUGGCUGUGUUCCUUGAGCACUCAAGGAAAAGUACCAGGAAACCGGUCCUCGAAGAGGAACUUCCUUCGGGAGACGAACUACACACGUUCUUCCAUGAGGUAAACUCUACAUGGCUUCACUCCCAUGAUACCGUCUUUGAGUGGCUCAAGUGUCUUCUCAUGCCCGACUAUGGUCAAGAGUCCUCCAACUGGUCGACCGCAAAAUCCACAUAUACAGCCUUCCUCUGGCCGGAGGACUUGAAGGAAACACUCGUACAGCUCUUGGUUCGGGAAGAUGAACACAUCCACCGGACUUGCGUUGAGCUUAUCGCAGACCUCGAGCGUCGAGUGUUGGGCUCGAGUAGUCAGAUACCCUUUGAAUAUCAGACGAAAGAUCUUUACGAAUUGGAAAUGAUCCAAACAAUUUACGAGCUUCAUUUGGACAUUUUCUCUUCGGUAGAAGAUCCAAGCAGUGAGGCGGAUGAAGAGACCAGACUUGCGCAGCGCGAUCGGUUGGCCCGUUGGGGCAUGCUGGCCCGGACAUCUAUCGAUUAUUUCGUCGAUAAUGGCCCGUCCGGCCAAUGGCAACAGAAUCUUACCCUCCGACACCUGUGGGCCUCUGCGUUCCAUGUGAACCUUGCCGGGGACGCGCAACGAGAGCACAUCUUGCUUUGUCUUCAGGAUCUGAAGCAGAUUCUCCAGUCCCUUGGCAAUCCAAAUUUCCAUCUGGUUAACAACUCCAUUAUGUCAGAGUUGUCUGGGGCUGUGAUAGAUCAAGAGGUCUUGAAGCUCAAGUGUAUGGAUUUCUUUGCCAAGGUUUUCAACCCAGAUUCAGAGGACCCCGUUAGUCUCAUCGAGGCUAUCGAGCCUAUCCUGGAGCCUUCGUCGAUUGAAUAUGCAGACAAGCCAGCAGAGAAUGACAUGUCUCAUCCGACAUCACACAUGAGUGAGAUGGCUGCUUUCCUCGACAGAGGUGAUGCUACCUUGCGACUGUUCCUCUGGCGCAGGCUUCAAGAAGCGUAUCAGGCCAUUGACUACCCGCCCAAGGUGGUCUCCUGCUACUUGCGAAGUAUCGAGGUGGUGAUGACGGAGCUUGAAGCAGCAAAGCACAACGAAGAAUCAAAUCAGAGUCGCCAAGUCGCUAUCUUAGGCUGGUUCAAGGCCCUUGAUGGAAUCCUGGCCAAAGCGAUACCCUUGAUCCUCGAAGAGUCGGAUAAAGCAUUCGAGUGCUUUGAUAUGGAACAUGUCCAAACGUCUAUGUCCGCCGUGGCCCGGCUGUCCAGGCUCUUACAUAGCUUCAUCCUGCACGAGGAUUUGGUACGCGUUGGUCAAGUAUCUGGCCGUGAGUUCCGCGGUGCUUUGGCAAAGUCACUGGAGAACUUCAAGGACCGAAUGCGAGAGAUGUAUGUCCGCUGCUGGAUCCUGCAGUAUACCAUGUUCAUGGAGGCGGUUUCUCAGAAUGAGGAUACCUUCAGUGAUCCCUUGGAAGAUCGGAUCCAUUUCCUCCGUUGCAUCCACAAUGCAUUGGGCGUGCGUUCAAUGUGCAGGUACUCCCAGAAGAAAUUCUUGAAGCUCCUCAAAGCAGAGCUCUUCGGUCUCAACACCAAAGGAGACUACGAAUUCGACACGAGUCAGCUACUUCUGGAUCUCCAUGGAAUCAAAUUCUCGCCAUUCGAUGGCACCGUGGACCACGGAUGUCCCCCUGAAAAGCUGGAUCGCCCAACGGCGAUUAUGAUGAUCGACUUUGUCUUGCAGCAAGCGAACAAAAUGAAUAUGAAAGAUCUGUCCAAGUCUGAGCUGAAGACUACGAUAGAGAAAAUGCAACAAGCAAUUGGUCCUGCCAAGGCAAAUUCGUCAACGCCACAGCUGACAUUCAACCGCCGGAUCAUCAACGCUUUCCUCAAGACUGCUAUCAACCCGACAAAUCUUCUCCGUGCUGUCCAAGGAAUCACAGAGCUUUCGACGGCAGCUGUUCCAACCGAAAACGCCAAGAUCGCUGCAAAGGGUUGGUUCUUCCUUCUCGGCCAUGCCGCACUGACCAAAUUCCGGUCACAAAAGCGCAUCACCCCUGGCUCUACAUCUGAGCUUGACGAUGCCAUCACCUAUUUCAGACAAGACCUGGACCACGGAACAGAGAGAUGGGAAUCUUGGUAUCGGCUUGCUCAAACCUACGACUCCAAGUUAGACGAAGAUAUUACAUGGGCAGCUGAUAAGAUCAACAACAACCGUGGAGAUCUAGCAACUUUGCAGCGACAUGCUAUUCAUUGUUAUACAAUGGCCAUUUCAACGGCUAUCCGAACUGCUGAGCCGACGGCCGAGGCUAGAGACUUGAUGUCUGACCUCUACUCUGAUUUCGGUAUGCGUAUAUAUGCGUCCUCCCGAGAGCCACUGUCAAUGGGUGUCUUCAGUGUUGCGGAAUUCCCUCGCCAUUUCAGCAGCGAAGAGAGUCAGCAAAUGUAUAAGGGAAUGCCGUUCAAAGAAAUGUCGCUGUACUCAGCGUGGAACUUUGCCAGCAACCUUCUCAAGCGAGCAACUGGUGACAAAACCAAACGAUGGAUGUCACACUACACGCUCGGAAAAUGCUUAUGGAAAAUGUUCUGCAGUGAAGAUUCUUUAAGGACGUCGUCCAAGAGAGUCGAGCUGCAGGAAGUCAUAGAAGCCUUGCUUAAUGCGAUCAACGCACUACCGCAACGAAGAGACUCCCGCUCCGAUCCGAUCUUUGAGCCUCACUUCAAGCUCUUUUCCGUUGUGCACAAAGCAGUCCUUCGAGGGCAUAUGACUCCUGCCGAAGGAACCAAGACACUCCAAGCGGUCCCAUGGGCCCGCAAAGUCGAUGCCCCUGAAAACCUGGAGGGGUGGAAUCCUUAUAUACUCGAAGUCCUCAAGAAGUUCAGAAGUGCAGACAAGUCCAACUGGCAUCAUCGCAUGAGUACCAAGGCUGCGCAUAUCUUCUAUAACGAGCAGCGCAACGCCUCUGCUGCACUUGCUGCCAAGCAAGAGCUUUCCCAGAUCUUCACCAAAACCCUUACCAUCCAAGUCUGGCGGCCGGAGUUCGAACGUCCCGGCCGGCAUUUCGUCUACACGACGCGCUAUGUCUACUUCUUUGUAAGUUUGCUCGAUCAGCUCGAUGAUCGCGCAAGUCUGGAUCAAUUAUUGCGCCGUGUGAGAAAGAAGCAAGGCGAUUUCUUCUUCCACUCCAAACUAUGGGAAGACUGUUGCCUGACCUAUGCAAAGUUGAUUCGACGCGCCGCCCAGAUCAACGAAGGGCACGAAGAAGGCAUAUUCAAACCAAUCGGCUGGGAAGAAUUCUCAACCAAGACCGCCCGCCUAGAAAGUCUUCCCCAGUUAGGCCCAGAAAGCCAACCGAUCCUCGAACUACUCCGCGAAGCACUCGAGCUCAAGAAGCUCAACAACAACUUCAUGAAGAUCACCAUGUUCGAAGACCUAAUUGCCGAUCUCUAUGCCCGCCUCUACGAAAUCAACAUCUCCCAUCUCGAACCUCUAGUUCCCGACGAAAACAAAGAAAAAAUGAAAGUCGACCAUCUCCUCAUGGGUCCAGAUGGUCCGAAUGAUCCAGCCACACCCGUCCCAGCCUCUGAUACGCCCGCUCCACGAGGUCGCACCAAGGGCAUUGCGAGACGCGAUAUUCAAAAGCGCGCCGACACCAUCGUCAACACGAAGUUGGCACCUCGUGUUCCGGCUAGCAAGGUCGCUGCGGCUGAGACUGAACCGGCUGCUCCUCCGGUUGAUUCGACGCCUGUAGGGCCGACUUCUGCGCCACGUGAGGCUCAAGCUACUGGUGCGGCUGGGGAAGGUGGUGAUCGGAAUGAGAGGGAAGGUGAGGAGACGGAAUUGAGUGAGGUUGAGGAAUCGAGGCUGGAAGGGUCGUCGAUGCUUUUCCCUUUGGUUGCUGAUGUUGAGGAGGCUGGUACUGGGGAUGAGGGGGGAGAUAAUGGGAAUGAAGAAGAUGAUGAGGGGGCUGCUGAUAAUGAGAACGAGGGUGAAGGUGAGGGUGAGGAGGGAGAUGGGGAUGAAGGGGAUGGAGAGGAGGAUGAGGAGAUGCAAGACGAGGAAACAAAGUUGGAAGAUGAGAAGGAUGAUCAGUCUGUUAAUGAUACAGAGACUGAGCCUGUCAAUGGGAACUCGGAGGCUGCGGAACAGGACGCGAUGGAAAUCACGCCUGCCGAUGCCUGA